CAACGACAGCUGUGCUUCAGUAGGUACCUAGCGUAUACAAUAUGUUCUGGUCCAACAGGAAGUGUCUCUUAGAUAUUCUGAUAUCAGUUUGAGUCAAGAACUAUUAACGUGUUGUUAUCAUUUUUAUUGAUUUGAAAUGAAAGGAAUACAAUACCAUCAUCGUGAACGAUAAUAAAAAGAUAAAAUAUCAGAAUUUCGAUUACUCAGUAAACUGUCAGCGUCUUAUCAGUCAGAUUAGGUUUGGGGAGCAGCAAUGUGUGGCGACAUAAAUAAAUAUUAGUGGGCGAGAUAGCGGCGCGGGAGUGACGCGACGUGGGCUGCGCAGGCGGUUGGGGCUGUGAGCCGAGUGAGCGACACAUGGCGCGCGGCUGCUGCGAGCGCGCGCUGCCCGCGCUGCUGGCGCACGUCAACCUGCUGCUGGCGGUGUACAGCGGCGCGGCGCUGGCGACGGGCGCGCGGCUCAAGUGGGACCCGAGCGCGUACAUCGUGGCCCGCGAGGCGGUGCCGGCCGAGUACCGUGCGGCUGCCGUGCUGCUGCCGGCCGCCGCCGCUGCGUUGCUGCUGUUGGCGCACGCCGCGCUCGCCGCUCUCUUCACAUCGCCAAGCACGCGCCGGUGGCUGUUACUGCUGUGUCCGGCGUCGUGGGCGUGUCACGAGGUGUGUGUGCCGCAGUACGCGGCGGGCAUGGCGGUGCUGCUGGCGGGCGAGGUGGCGGGCGCGCUGUGGCUGCGCGCGCGGCUGGCGGGCUGGCUGGCGUCCCCCGCGGCCGCAGACCUGGCCCACACGGCCAGCACCGUGCGCGCGCACCUCGUGCCCAUGCUCGAGGCGCUCGCCCGCCUGCACCCGGUGGUCACCAGGAUCAAGGAGCUCAUGGAGGAGGUGGAGCAGGACGCGCCGCGCAACGUGUACGUGGCGGCGGGCGCGGGCGCCGCGCUUCUGCUGCUGCAGGCGGCCGCGCUGCUGCUGGCGCUGCUGCAGGCCGCCGCCGACGCGCGCCGCCCUCACGCCGCCGCUGGCUGGGCCGGCGUGGACCCGCCGACGGCGCGCCGCGCUCUAUCUCACGCGAGUACAAACGGGACAUCAGCUGUACACGAGCGUGCGUUGCUCAGCGCCGUGCACAGGUGACACGCGCGGGCGGCGUGCGCCUGCGCUGCGCUGCACUGGCGCCGGCAAACACUUGGUGGCGCAACACCCAGCGGCUCCGGUUGACACGUCCCCACAGGAUGACACGCCGCAUGAAGCAGGUGGAUUACUAUACCUACCAAUAUGAAUUUGAGUAUCAUGUUUCAUGUUGUUUGGUAUGGUAGUUAAGUACAUAAAAAUGUUCACCAAGAGAAUUAGAGAAACAAAGGAAAAAACCUUACUUAAAAUGAAAAGUUUAACUCGGACGGGACUUGAACCCGCAGCUCUUGCCACCACCAAACAUUACUUUAUUGUGAGUGUCCUCGUGCACGUGGGUGCUAUAAAACGACAAUAUAGUAUUAAUGUUAUUCAUAAAAGUUACUUAUAAGUAACCUACAGGUCAGAAGUGAUUUUCGUAUAUUUUUCACGAGUGGAAAUUUUGCGUUUCGUGCUUUUUUCCCACUGAGCUCAGUAGUUUACAUAUAUUUUAUGUAAGAUCACUCGCUACGUGAUUACUUCGCUACCAUAGAAUACACUAGUAAGUAGGUACCCACUAUAAGUAAGUACAGAUAUUUUAUAUUGAGAUUUGGCAGUCUCUGGCACGAAGUGGACUUAUUAAUUAGAUGAUUUGGUUGACUGAACUGAGAAGUGCUCAAUAAUCGAAUAUGUGUUCAAUUUGUGAUAUAGGUAGGUAUGUAGGUCAAUAAAUAGUUGGUUUAUGUGAAAAAUUAUAGGAAUAUACAUAUGUAAGUAAUAAAGUUUUUUUCAUAGUUUA